UAGUCAGUCCUCCACUUCUUCCCGUUUAGGCGUUUUUCACUCGGCCACUGGCAGAGACACAGCGACACGGACUCCCACAACACAUUUUGUAUUGUAACCCGCUUUAGUUUAAAUUAAAUAUUUAAGAGGCAAAUAUGGCAACUGAAAACAUGGAAAUGAACGGAGAUGCCGACGGAGAGAACGGAGGAGAGGUUCCACAUCUUAGGGGCAGGAAUCACAGGGCGACGGUGGGUACUCUGAACAUGAACCACUACGCCAAUAAGAAGAGUGCAGCAGAGAGCAUGCUGGACGUGGCAUUACUCAUGGCCAACGCCUCCCAGCUGAAGGCUGUCCUGGAGCAGGGCCCAGGUUUCACCUUCUACAACCCUCUCAUCACCCUCAUCUCUAUCUCCCUCAUCCUGCAGGUCACUGUGGGCAUCCUGCUCAUCUUCAUCGUAAAGUGGAACGUGAACGAUGAGAGCAUGCACUUCAAGCUGAACAUUAUGGAGAAUGUCACCACAGCACUCGUCUUCAUCAUUGUUGUAGUCAAUGUCUUCAUCACAGCAUUUGGCGUCCAGAAGCCCAACACCAACUCCUAACUGCCCUCACUCCUUACCCAUAGUCAUCAGCUAGUACACAGGCCAGAGAAUUUCAGGGAUCCAGUCUUCCAUAGGUCUCAAGCCAUCAGGUUCUCUGUUUCGUCAAAGACAAUGGAUAGAUCAACUCUACAGGACUCACACUGGCCUUUCAUAUCCACAGCCAGUCAACAUUUCAGAGGCAAUUACAAACUCAGAGUUCACCAUCUUUGUCUUUCUGUAUUCAUUUCUCAGGAUCUCAAUCAGAUUGUCAGUUGCAUUAUCAAGGUCAGAAUUUGUCAACUUUGUCUUCCCCUGGUCAUUUAACCUACUUCAUGAUGUUACGUCACACACUUCAUCAGUUGCUAUUUACAUGCUGUGAGAACAUUACAUUGUUCAAAUGACCAAUGCCGUUCAUUUAUUGCCUUUUCAAAUAUGAUCUACAGGGUUAUUUUAUACAUAUCCCAGAGCCGCUGUCGUGGUGACUUUGUUCUAGAAAUACUUGAUGUACAGACCCAGCUGCUGCACACGCGUGUGUGUGCACGCAUGCAAGAGUCUUCGGUCUGCUUUCAGCUCUGUACAAAAACAAGUAGUUUUAUAUUUUUACCACCCUAGCUAAAACCCAAUGCACAGCUGUCUUAACUGCUGUUUUUGGACUUCAGCUUAUCUGGGUGUGUUGUAAAGGCAGUGGUGAAAAGUACUUAAUUAAAAAUACUUUAAAUUAAUACUUAAGUAGUUUUUUGGGGUAUCUGUACAUGACUAUAUUUUUGACAACUUUUACUUCACUACAUUCCUAAAGAAAAUAAUGUACUUUUUACUCCAUACAUUUUCCCUUACAUCCAAAAGUACUCGUUACAUUAUGAAUGCUUAGUAGGACAGAAAAUUAUCCAAUUCACACACUUAUCAAAAGAACAUCCCUAGUCAUCCCUACUGCCUCUGAUCUGGUGGACUCACUAAACACAAAUACUUAAUUUGUAAAUGAUGUCCGAGUGUUGGUGUGCCCUUGGCUAUCCGUAAAUUAAAAACAGAAAAUUGUGCUUUCUGGUUUUCUUAAUAUAAGUAAUUUUAAAUUUGACUUCUAAUAUAUUUUAGCAAUUACAUUUACUGUUGAUACUUAAGUAUAUUUAAAACCAAAUACUUUUACUCAAGUAGUAUUUUGUUGGGUGACUUUCACUUUUACUUCAGACAUUUUUUAUUAAGGUACCUUUUUACUCAAGUAUGACAAUUGGGUACUUUUUCCACCACUGUGUAAAUGCUUUGCCCACAGCCCCAUGCUAAACAUGUGUACAUCAUUGUACAGCAGAGAGGAGCGGAUAUAAUCAGAGUCCUGUGUGAGCCUGGGCCUACAUAUCGAAUAUAUUCAGGCAGUACUGUAUAGUACUGUACAGUUUACAGUCGAUAAGGGUUAAAAAAUUAAAGUAACUAUCCCGAAAUAACCAGGUUUAAGUUACCAGACUUUUGCAACCUGACAGUCAACAAACCUCAACGUGGUAUCAGAGGGGACUGUGCAUGCUGCCUUAUAUAUGUAAUCUCAGAUCUGUCAGAUACAGUAUGUAUAGUUAGAAUGUAAAUGUACAUGUAUAUACACCACAGGAUGCUGCAAAGGGGAGGACGGCUCAUAAUAAUGGCCGGAACGGAGUGAAUGGAAUCAAACAUAUUUGACACCAUUCCACUCCAGCCAUUACCACGAGCCCGUCCUCCCGAAUGAAGGUGCUACCAACCUCCUGUCAUAUACUGUACAAAAUAUUAAAGGACACCUUCCUAAUAUUUAUGGAGUUGCCCCCACACACACAUACACACACGGGAAACUGUUUAGUGUGAAAAACUCAGCAGCGUUAUAGUUCUUGACACAAACCGGUGCACCUGGCACCUACUACCAUACCCGUUCAAAGGCACUUAAAUAUUUUGUCUUGCCCAUUCACCCUCUGAAUGGUACACAUCCAUGUCUCAAUUGUCUCAAUACUUAAAAAUGAUUCUUUAACCUGUCUCCUCCCUUCAUCUACACUGAUUGAAGUGACAUCAAAAGGGGAUCAUAGCUUUCACCUGGUCAGUCUAUAUCAUGGAAAGAGCAGGUGUUGAUCAUCGUUUGUACACUCGGUGUAUAUAUUUGUUGGAAGUGUGUAUGUCAUGCCUCGUUUAGCCUUGACAGUAUAAUUGUUUUUUUUACAUUCUCUUAAUCCUUUUCUGUUUUUGUAAAUGAAGGACCAAAUCUUUUAACCCCACUUAAUAUACGUUGUUGUUUUAUGCACUAUAUGCAGUAGAACACUUUACUAUUCUGAAAUGAAGUUUGUGAAUAAAAUACAACAAUUUGUUCA